AUGAGUGCUAUAAAUGUGUUUGGCCUGCCAGAGCUCGUCAAUCUCAUCGUUCGUCAUGCUGACCAUAAGGUACGCGGCCAGCUACUCACGGUCUCACGCCUUUUUCAAGUUGCCGUCGAGCAGUAUGCGUGGCGUAGCUAUACAUUCAGAACAGACAGUGCCGAAGAUUUCCUGGGCAAAUAUCACGGCCAUCGCAGCCGCUAUCUCCGCGCUAUCGACGUCGAUAUCGACUUUCCAACCCAGGUCCCUACUGAUGGGAGCACAAGAAUUCCAUGCCGCGAGACAGCCGAAGAUCUCCAGUCAUAUAAUGAGCUUUUUACCCAUCGAAUCUCAGCUCUGUUUACCAUGAUCAAGACCUUGGAGGAACGAGAGCUCCCGUAUAAUCGACCAAGGAAUAUUCGCCUUUGCCUUUGGCCUCCCUGCCAUUAUCAGCAGGUUGACAACUACUGCCAUCACCGUGGCUAUCUUAGCUGGCGCCUCCGCCUGCUUACACAUGAAAAUUUGCCUACCCUCCUCUCAGUUAUAAGCCUCAGUGUUGGUGAGCGUGGGUCUGGUAAAAGGGAUAGUAGAUACGAUAUACCUUGUGUAUUGCAGCCGUUGGACUAUGGGCUUGUACCCGCACUCGUUUCCAAGCUCCCUAAUUUAGUUGCCUUGGACUGCCCGAGGUUCGAGGAAGGGUGGCUGCUAGCUUACGAAGACCCUGUUCUCACUCACUUUACCCGGCCAUGGGAAGGCCCUAGGCGCGACACAAGGCAUGCCUUUGGUAGCAUCAUGCAGAAUACAACUACCCUACCGGUAAAGAUUAACCGUGUUAAGAUCUUCUUUGGAUAUAGCUAUUCCUUCAAGUGUCAUGACGAAACCCUCCCUAUGCCUAACCUGAUUAGCCCACUAUCCUACGAUCUACUAAGCUCGGGCCUUCGUAUAAUCUCACAGCGUGUGGUUGAUUUAGCUAUUCGUGCAUGUGUUGAUGGAAAUAUCUUCUGGCCCUCACCUAAUGAAGAUAUAGUGGACCCUCUCUCUUGGCCGUACUUAAAAAAGCUCCAUGUUGAAUUUCAACCAAUGUCACCUUCUGGAACAUGGUACUUUCAAGGUCCGCGGGGGGAAGGCCGAGAUAUAACCCCGUUCGAGGUUACCCAAACUCAUUACCCCCUACUUAAAGAGAAUCCCGAAGAUGAGCAUUGGGAUGAGGUUUGGGACUAUAACGGUGGUCGCUGGGAUGACUUCGACCCUAAUAUGUUUCGAAUCAUGCCUAUUGAUGAGGCUAUAGAACCAUUCUUGGGGGCGUUUGUUAAGGCAUUAGAGAAAAUGUCUUUACUAGAGGAGGUUGAGUUAUUCACGUGUAUACGCUUUAGUCCCGGUGAAGGUAUCUACGAGAACUAUCCUGAAAGUAGCUACGGCAAGGAGUAUAUAUGGGGACUAAGAUAUCUUCUUCCUAAAGAUAGCGGACACCCGCUUCUUGAGUGGCAUGUUGGCAACUGGCGCCCUAGCCAAAACCUGCUGCGGAGCUUUCAUGAUAUUGCAAAGCAAAGGAGUCGGAAUUCGCUGGAAGAGAUAUGGGUGGAUUGGAAGCCAUGCCGUCUCGCCUCUUCUAAAUCUCUUUCCUCCAUAUAUUAUUUGUAG